CCAGCCUCCUCGCAGCUCCCAGCAGCCCAGACCUGCUGGCCCUCCAGGACCAGAGGUGAUCCAAGGGAAACUCAGUAGGCCUUUCCUGGUCCUAAUGUCAGUCAAGCCCAGCUUGGGGCCUAGCCCCUCGGGGGGGUUUACCACAGAGCCUGCCAAUGACUUUGGAGAGAUCCACGACUGGACUGAACUGCUCUACUUCUUCAACCACACUUUCUCCGAGUGCAACAUAGAGUUCAGCGAGAGCGCCAAGCGAGUGGUCCUCUUUGUCCUCUACCUGGCCAUAUUUGUGGUUGGGCUGGUGGAGAACCUUCUGGUGAUAUUUGUCAACUGGCGCAGCUCAGGCCGGGCAGGGUUGCUGAACCUCUACAUCCUCAACAUGGCCAUUGCAGACCUGGGCAUCGUCCUAUCUCUGCCCGUGUGGAUGCUGGAGGUCACGCUGGACUACACCUGGCUCUGGGGCAGCUUCUCCUGUCGCUUCAUUCACUACCUCUACUUUGCCAACAUGUACAGCAGCAUCUUCUUCCUGACAUGCCUCAGCAUCGACCGCUAUGUCACCCUCACCUGUGCCUCCCCUUCCUGGCAGAGCCACCAGCACCGAGUGCGGCGGGCCGUGUGUGCAGGCGUCUGGGUCCUUGCGGCCAUCAUCCCGCUGCCUGAAGUGGUCCACAUCCAGCUGGUGGAGGGCUCUGAGCCCAUGUGCCUCUUCAUGGCACCUUUUGAGACGUACAGCACGUGGGCCCUGGUGGUGGCCCUGUCCACCACCAUCCUGGGCUUCCUGCUGCCCUUCCCUCUCAUUGCAGUCUUCAACGUGCUGACAGCCUGCCGGCUCCUGAGACCAGGACAGCCUGAGGGCCGGCGCCACUGCCUGCUGGUGUGUGCCUACAUAGCCGUCUUCACCGUCUGCUGGCUGCCCUACCACGUGAGCCUGCUGCUGCUCACAUUGCACGGGACCCACGUCUCCCUCCACUGCUACCUGGCCCACCUGCUCUUCUUCUUCUAUGACAUCAUAGACUGCUUCUCCAUGCUGCACUGUGUCGUCAACCCCAUCCUUUACAACUUUCUCAGCCCAAGCUUCCGGGGCCGGCUACUGAGUGCUGUGGUCCAUUACCUUCCCAAGGGCCAGGCCCGGGCGGGCGCACACGCUUCCUCUUCCUCCUCAUCCACCCAGCAUUCCAUCAUCAUCACCAAGGAGGGCAGCCAGCCCACUGCAGGCCCCCACCCUCACCCAAGCCUGAGCUUCCAGGCACCCUUCUCGCUUCAAUCUCUUAUACCCAGCUGAGGUAGAUUCCAGGCUCCUCCAUCAGCAAAGUGAAAGGCUGGAGUUGUAGGUGAGAAAUUUGGGGGGAAGUGUGGGCAAGUGUCAGUACACUCAUGGUCAGUUUUGAGAACAUCUUAAAAUACUGAGGUGUGGAGAAGGAGAAGGGGGGAUGGAGAACAGGCUCUUGGUGUUGUACUAUUUGUCUCAGUCCUUGAAUCUAGGGGUGCCACGCAGAAAAAAAAGGUGAAAUAAAUAUUAGAGAUGGCCAUGACUCUGGAUUUUGAAAAAUCUGCAAUUCCAGC